AUGCAGGCGCUGGAGAGGGAACACCCAGCAGCAGGGUCCCUGCCCUGGCAGAUGUCCCACGUGCCCGACUCCCACAACAUGGGGGAGGUGAGGAGGGAGUGUGCAGCCGCCCACACCUCCCUGAGCAAAGUCAUUGUGUGGCACAGACAGCUGGCGCUGCAGCUGGGGGGCACGGCUGACUCGCCCCGGCUGCGGGAGGAGCUGCAGGAGCGGAGCAAGGAGGCGCACGAGCUCAGCAAGGGCCUGCAGAACAUGCUCCUAGCCGGGCUCAGGCAGCCCCUGACCAGACCAGAGGAGCGGCAGGAGCUGGAGAGGCUGUGGGUGUUGUCCCUGUCAGCUCUGGAGCUCUUCCACCAAGACCUGCACAGGGCCCAUCAUCUCUGCCAACUCUUCCCCCUGCAGGGGCGGGGGGUGCAGCUGCUGAGCACUGGAGUCACCGGGAAGGCCACAGAUGGAGGGCACAAGCCCUGGAGGAGGGCAAGCUGCAAGGGCGCCAGGAGCACAGAGCAGCUGGGUGCUGCCCCGGGCCUGGAGGAGCAGAUUGAGCAUGUGGGGACCAUGCUGCUGGAGAUGGAGACCAGAGUCAAUGUCCCUGUCUGGACAGUGGAGGCCACAGAAGAGGCCGGGGCUGAAAGCAGCUUGGCCUUUGAGGCAGAGGGGUCGUGCAGCGAGAGACAGGCUGCAGAGGAGGCAGGUGGCCCAGGGUGCUGCAGGCAGCGUCAGGGCUGGCCCGCACUCUGCUGCACAUUGUCAUGACCAGCCCCCCAUGCAAAGGGGCAGGACUUUGCUUGCCCCAGAAGAGGGACCCUCAGCCACAGCAGCCCAGAAAGGCAAGUUUCAUUGAGCACAUGGAGCCCAGCGGGAGAACCAGGAAGAGGUGCUCUGGCUUGGGGUAGGAACAGGUUGGCUGAGGGCUCCCCUGCCAGCAGGGCAGUCAGCUCAGUGAGCACAUAGGACAGCGGUGGCAAGGUGGGGGAGCACUGCAGGCCAUGGGAAGGGUGGUGAAGAGCCCCCCAGCACUGGAGGGAGUCAUGGCAGAGGACACUG